AAUAAUAAACGAUCUUUGGUCAAUGUGAGCCAUCCGUGUGUCGUGUUCGUGGAGAAGCGGAUAAUCUCGGCUGUCAGGAUGGGGAAGAAACAGAAGAAAUCCGGGGAGGACAGCACUAAAGAGGACGACAUCGAUGCUCUGGCAGCAGAGAUAGAAGGAGCGGGAUCAUCAAAGGAGUCAAAAGGGAAGAAAAAGAAAAAGGGAGCCAAGAAGGAUGACUAUGAUGAGGAUGACAUCCUGAAGGAGCUGGAGGAAUUAUCCCUGGAGACACAUGGGGGACAUGAGAAGAAAGACGAUGUCGCAGUGGAUGAUGAUGUGGAGCCUCCUAAAGCAGAGAAGAAGAAAACCAGAAAGGGAAAGGUGCAGAGUGCCAGCCCUGAGGAAGAGGAGAAGAAUAAAGCUGAAGCUGCAGAUGAUGAGCUGAGGAACGGACAGCAGAAGGAGGUGGCACCUGCUGCUGCUCCGUCCGGGUCAGAUGAGGAGAAUGGCUCACGUUCUCGCUUGAAGACCAAAGGAGGUAAGAAAGGUGCCAAGAGACCUUCCGGCUCUGACGAAGAUGAAGGCACAACUAGAAACGAGCAAGAGGGUGAGUCAGAGGAAGAUGAGGAUUUCAGCUCUCGGAGCGACAAAAAGAUUAAGAACAAAGGUAAAGCUGCAAAAAGCGAAGAUGAGGACGAACAGGAGGAAGACAGUGGCUUCAAGAUGAAGACAGCGGCACAAAAGAAGGCGGAGAAAAAAGAGCGGGAGAAGAAGAAGAAAGAGGAGGAGAGGCUCAAACAUAGGAAGCUGAAGGAGAUCAGUGCAGAUGUAAAAAAAGAACCAGAGAAGAAGACUGCAGAGACCACACCCCCACAGGUGGUCCCAGUAGCGGACGUAGAUAGAGAUGAACAGGAAGGCGCAGAGCCUGCAGCCGAGGAGGAUGAGGGUGACAAGAAGAAGAAGGACAAGAAGAAGAAGAAAGGAGAGAAGGAGAAGGAGGAGAAGGAGAAGAAAAAGGGACCAAGCAAGGCCACGGUGAAGGCCAUGCAGGAAGCUCUGGCUAAGAUGAAGGAGGAGGAGGAGCGUGCCAAGAAAGAGGAGGAGGAGCGGCUCAGGCGGCUAGAAGAGCUGGAGCAACAGAGGCUGGAGCAGGAGCGUCUUGAGCAGGAGCGCAAAGAGAAGAAGAAGCAGAAGGAGAAGGAACGGAAGGAGCGUCUAAAGAAGGAGGGGAAGUUGAUGACAAAAUCCCAGAGGGAGGCGCGGGCUCGUGCUGAAGCCACGCUCAAAUUGCUGCAGGCUCAAGGGGUGGAGGUUCCAUCCAAAGACUCUGUGCUAAAGAAGAAACCGGUUUAUAUGGACAAGAGGAAGAAGAAGCAGAUAACUCAAACUCCAGAAGAAACGUCUGCGGUGAUUUUGCCAACAUCAGAGACGGCAGAACAUGUUGCCCCGCAGACGGAGGCAGUGACACAGCAAACAGAGCCAGAGGUUAAGGCAGAUUUUGCUGUGGACGACUGGGAGGCGAUCGCGAGUGAUGAGGAGAAAGAGUUAAAGAAAGUCCACAUUGAGGUAAAAGAGGAGCCCGUCGGCCCACCUCAACCCACUGCCAGUGAAGAGGAGGAGGAAGAGGAUGAAGAUGAUGAGGACGAGGAGGAAGAGGAGGAGGAAAGCGAGGAAGCGCCGGAGGAAGAGAUAGCGAAGGCGGUGGUCGUAGGUCAGGGGAAGAAGCAGCAGGCGAAGGAGAGUGAAGACGAGAUCACUGACAGCGACGAUGAUGAUGAUGACAGGACCAAAGAGGAGCGUCUGUACGAUCGAGCUAAGAGGCGGAUCGAGAAACGGAGAGCAGAAAACAUCAAGAAGAUCGACAUAAACAGGCCGAGAGCGCCGGUCGUGUGUGUGCUCGGACACGUCGAUACUGGGAAGACCAAGAUCCUUGAUAAGCUGCGACACACCCACGUUCAGGACGGCGAGGCAGGAGGAAUCACACAGCAGAUCGGAGCCACGAAUGUCCCGAAAGAGACGAUUGAAGAGCAGACGAAGAUGGUGAAAAAUUUUGACAGAGACGGCAUGAAGAUUCCCGGCAUGUUGAUCAUUGACACACCAGGACACGAGUCGUUCAGUAACUUGAGGAACCGAGGUAGCUCCCUAUGUGACAUCGCCAUCCUGGUGGUGGACAUCAUGCACGGUUUGGAGCCUCAGACUAUCGAGUCCAUCAACUUGCUGAAGGAAAAAAAGUGUCCCUUCGUCGUGGCGCUCAACAAGAUUGACCGUUUGUACGACUGGAAGAGGAGUCCUGAGACGGAUGUGUUGGCGACACUGAAGAAGCAGAAGAAAAACACAAAGGAUGAGUUUGAUGAGAGGGCGAAGGCCAUCAUUGUGGAGUUUGCUCAGCAGAGUCUCAACGCUGCUCUGUUCUACGAAAACAAGGACCCCAGGACGUUUGUGUCGCUGGUUCCCACAUCAGCUCACAGCGGCGAUGGGAUCGGAAAUCUCAUUGCGCUUCUUGUCGAGCUCACUCAGACCAUGUUGGCCCGCCGUGUCGCGCAUUGCGACGAACUCCGGGCUCAGGUCAUGGAGGUCAAAGCCUUGCCUGGCAUGGGCACCACCAUAGACGUCAUCCUGAUCAACGGGCGGCUACGGGAAGGCGAGACCAUCAUCGUCCCCGGAGUGGACGGACCAAUCAUCACACAGAUUAGAGGGCUGCUCCUGCCACCUCCUCUGAAGGAGCUCCGGGUCAAGAACCCGUAUGAGAAGCACAAAGAAGUCUCCACAUCUCAGGGUGUGAAGAUUCUGGGUAAAGACCUGGAAAAGACGUUGGCAGGGCUCCCCCUGCUGGUGGCACACAAAGAUGAUGAAAUACCUGUUCUAAGGGAUGAACUUAUCCAUGAGCUCAAACAAACUCUGAGCUCCAUCAAGCUGGAGGAGAAAGGAGUUUACGUGCAGGCGUCCACCCUGGGAUCACUAGAGGCUCUGCUCGAGUUUCUGCGCACAUCUAAAGUACCCUACGCUGGCAUUAACAUCGGUCCUGUCCACAAGAAGGAUGUGAUGAAGGCCUCAACCAUGCUGGAGCAUGACCCACAGUACGCUGUGAUUCUGGCGUUCGACGUGAAGGUGGAGCGGGAAGGCCAGGAAAUGGCUGACAGCUUCGGCGUCCGCAUAUUCUCCGCUGAAAUCAUUUACCAUCUUUUUGACGCCUUCACCAAGUACCGUGACGACUACAAGAAAUCCAAACAAGAUGAAUUCAAACACGUGGCAGUGUUUCCGGUGAAGAUUCGCGUCCUUCCUCAGUUCAUCUUCAACUCCAGAGAUCCCAUUGUAAUGGGCGUGUCAGUGGAAGCGGGCGUCCUACGGCAAGGGACGCCACUCUGUGUUCCCAGUAAAGGGUUUGUGGACAUCGGUGUGGUCACAAGCAUCGAGAUCAACCACAAGACAGUGGACAGCGCCAAGAAAGGUCAGGAGAUCUGUAUCAAGAUUGAACCCAUUCCUGGCGAGUCGCCCAAGAUGUACGGCCGCCAUUUUGAGGCCACCGACAUUCUUGUCAGCAAGAUCACCCGGGCAUCCAUCGACGCGCUGAAGAACUGGUUCCGGGAUGACAUGCAGAAGUCGGACUGGCAGCUGAUCAUGGAACUGAAGAAGACCUUUGAGAUCAUCUGAGCAGCUCGCACAUAUAAGGAGGCACCUCUUCCUGUCAUGACACGGAAUGACAGGUUUUUACCCAUGAGAAGGCUCUCAUCCGGUGUGCCCCGGGUGAAACAGUGCUACUCUGAAACAUUUCACUCUCAGUAUUCCAACGUGCCUGUUGUCUUUUUUGUUCUCUGCUCUGAUUCGUGACUGCUGUCGCUUCCUGUCUCUGCCUCCAAACGGACGGACACUGACGGUCUUAACCGGCCCCUGCUUUUUGGGUCUGCCAAAGUGCGUUAUGGGACCGUAAAAUACACAAGGAAACAGCAGUGGCGACAGUAGCCAGUUACAAAGACAACUCUGUUGAUACCUUUUGCUGUGCGCUUUCUUGGCCAUGUUGGCAGCGGGGGCAGGUGGACAGAGGACAACCCUCGGAAAUGUUUUACUGAAGUGCUAAGUAAUAAAUUCCCAUAAAACUUGUACAAUGACUUUUUUUGUGUGUGGAA